AUGGGGACGCCUGACACUGCAGCUAGGACAUGGUUUGAACGUAUGAAUGCCGAGUUACAAUCACUGAACCAUCAAGCAGCGCAAUAUGGAUGGGAUUUGAGCAUACAAAAACAAUCCCGCGAGGAAUUCACGCUUGAAGGCUUAGUGCAAUUAGCUCAACGGAAAGCGACAUGGUUGCGGGAGACGUGCGAGGAGGGUGCCGUGCAUCGGAACUACGGAUGGCCAUACGAUCGGGCGUACUAUCUACUAUGCCGUGGAUCUCGGAAUACUCCUGAGGAAUUGAGUGAAAUGGCGCAGCUUUUUUCGUUCAUCCAACGCAUCUACACCGAGACUUCGAUCUGCAUUCCGGUAGAAUGUGGCUCUGAAAGUCCUUCAUUGACAGAAAGAGUCCUUUGGAGCAACUCUUUCGUGCGUUACCCGGAACGUACCACAUCACGGUUGGAUCUCUCUCCGAUUGAGCCGCUGGUCAGAGAGCCAAACAAACAACACAACACCAUGCACUUUGCCGAAGAAUUGACCUGUUUUCACGGUGAACCUGAUCUUGAACGCAUUAUGACUGGGGAAGGAUUGAAUCGCGUGUGCUCAGGAAAUUUGAAGCAUGAAACCAUCUUCCGUUGGGCCUGGGAAUCAUGGCGAAUGGCCGUUGGGCCACCGAUGCGAGAACCAUACGCUCGUUUGAUUGAUUUGAUGAACAUGGGUUGCUUGCGGAGCGCUAACCAUGGUGACGCGGGAGAAUGUUGGCGGGAGGAUCUUGAGGUUGCCGAACUGAGGCUACUAGUGGAUCGACUGUGGAAAGACGUGAAGCCAUUCUAUCAAAAACUGCAUUCAGUAGUGCGUCAUUUCUUGCGAAAGAGAUACGCCCCAGAAGAAGUCUCCGUGGAUAACGACGAACUGCUUCCCGCUCAUCUACUUGGUGGCAUGUGGAGUCACAGCUGGACCAGUUACGUUCACGAUAUCAUUCCACAUUCGGUAGACAUCGAUCAACAAUUUGCUAGCACCAAUUGGUCUUCGCUGGAUCUCGUACGACGAGCAGAAGACAUCUACGCAUCAAUGGGACUUCCUCGGAUGACGGAAGCCUUUUGGAAGAACAGCAUAAUCGGAAAUGCCAGUAAAGAUGGGACUGUGAAAUGCCACGGCUCUGCCGCCAACAUGUUUGCAGACGAUGCUGGCGACCUCCGUAUGAUCGUAUGUCCACGCUCAGAGUCCGCGGCACAGGAUUUCUAUGUCACUGUCCACGAAAUGGGCCACAUUGUGUACUACAUGGAGGCCUCGAAACAACCUACUAUCUUCCGUGACGGUACGUCUGCCGCAUUCCAAGAAGCGCUCGGUGAUAGUGUUUAUCUGGCCGCGGUAACACCGCAACACCUGGUACGAUUAGGAAUCCUCGACUCUAAGCACAUGGCUCCGGAGAAAACCUCUGUCCCCUCUAAACCUGCACCCACGGAUGCCGAUCGACGAGCACAAUCUCUGAACUCGUUCGAUUACGUCUUUCUGCUACGUAUGGCAUUAGCAAAGAUCCCGACGAUUCCCUUCGAGUACCUUAUGGAUAGCUAUCGCUGGGAUUUAUUCGACGGAUCAGUCAAUUUUAAUGCGCACGCCAACGAUUACUUCUGGUUCCUCCUGGAGCGCGAACAAGGAAUUCGUCCUCCUUCAUCGUUACGCGCCCGCAAACCGCUCUUCGAUGCGGGGGCAGUAUAUCAUCUCUCCGACAACACGCCUUUCGUGCGUUACUUUUUGGCCAGUUUUCUGAGCUACCAGAUCUAUGAAGGCCUAUGCAAGGGUGCUCUUUUUGGUACUGCUAGUACGCAUUCAUCGAACGACAUUCCGAUGCCCCUACAUCGUUGUGAUCUGUACGGUUCAAAGAAGGCUGGAAAGCUAUUGCGAAAGGCGCUUUCCCGUGGAGCGUCCGUUCAUUGGACCGACGUAUUGGACCAGUUAACCGGUGAUGUGGAAAUAUCAGCUAAAAGUUUGUUGCGCUACUAUCAACCGCUGGAUGAAUUCUUGGACCAAUUUAUCGAACAUCAUGGACUAGUCGUUGGUUGGAAUUGA